AUGGAAUAUAAAGAAAAACCUGAAGGACCCUUCUUUGUGACUUUUUACGUGACCAAUUUUACAGCAUCGGAUGAUUCAGUGUCGUACAAAAUAAAUAUAACAGAUUUUUAUGGAAACUGCUACGAGUCCAACAUCAUCAGUAAAAACAGUUAUCGUCAAAUUAAUUUCUCUAGCAAUUACAUUGAAAUAUGUGAAGAAACUGCUAUUAAGGAUGUCAUACAAAGUUGUAUAAAAAUUAAUGUUCUCGCGAGAAGCAAUUCUAAGGGCAAGGAGGAUGACAAUCAGAAAAGUGAUAGCGAAAACAACAGUGACAAUGGAAGUAAUAGUUUUAUUUGCAUUGGAUCAGAUAACAUUAAGACUUUCCCCUUUUUGCAUGAUCAGUUAAUAAUCACGAGAAAUGUUAUCGUAUCGUACAAAUGUGAAAAUCGAUGGGAAGAGAUCGAUAAUCAAAUUGAAAAAGACCAAAUGGGUGAACCAGGCGAACCGGGCAAGCCAAGCGAAAUAAGUGACAAGAAAAAAAAAAAAAAAAAUAGCGAUAAGGAUGAAAAAAAAAAAAAAAAAAAAAAUAGCGAUAAGGUAAAAAGUAAAUCAGGAGGGGACGGAAGAAAGUCAGAAAAUUGUAUCAAAUCGAAUAUUGGCAUAAGCUUUAAUAUCACGCUGAAUGUAAAUUCACUACUAGGGAACUACUGCGAGAGGUCAUCUUACAACAUAAUGAACAUGAAGGUUGAUGGUGUAUACAAUAUACCCAAAUCUGUAGAAGACAAAAUAUCAAAAAAGAAUUUGCACACGUUUCAAUUGAAAUUUUUGGAUUUUUGCAUGAACGACGGAAUGCUAGUAAAAGAUGAGCAAGACAAAUACAAAAUUGAAUGGAAAAAAAAUGACUUGUACAAAUAUAGAAAUAUAAAGGAAAUUGAAUAUAUUUACAACUUUCUGUUUUACGAAUCUUUUAACGUUAAUGCCUAUUUGCUAUGUUUUAACGAGGGAAAGAAACAAAAAGACAAUAACUCUCCAAGCGUGGUUGACUUCCUUUGUGGGAGGUUCGAAGUAAACAUUAACGAUGUAAUAUCAAAUAAAGUCCUUAAUGCCAAGUACAGAUUACAUGUCUUGGAUCUCCAAAAAGGAGAAGUGAAAAAUGCCAUAGAAAAAGGUGAUACUAAUGAAGGUUCAUUUAUAUAUGGAGGGGCUUACAUCAUGUUGACCAUUAAAUUUUACAAGCCAUUUUUCCAAAGGGAGAAGAAAGUAGAAUUUCCCCUAAAAAUGGAUAAUAUGAAGGAAGGCUCAAAAGUAAACGGUGUAUUGUCGCCUAAUCAAAAGGAAGGUGAAGAUAUUGGCAAUUUGUUUAACAGAUUAAUUCUUGAAGGAAUUCAAUAUGUCAAUAGCGAAAUAAACAAAAGGAAAAAUGAAGAACAAAUAAAGAUUUAUAAAAAAUCCAAGGAGUAUCUCUCCUUUUUAAACGAUUUAAAAGAAAAUCCUACGUACAUUAAUUUGUAUAACAAUAUCAAAGAAGUUAUGAUAAAAAUGGCUUAUGAAAUAGUGAAGAAAAAAAUAUAUAAAAAUUUCAAUCUCCAUGAUGAUGUGAUGUACACAGAUGAUGAGACAGAAAAGAAGUUAGAUUUGAAAGGAAAAUAUGUGGAUAUAAACAAUAUUAAUCAUGGGAUGAAUAAUACAAAUGAAAAGAACCACUCGAACGGUGGUAAUAAAAAGUUUGUAGAAAAUAUAACCAUAUCUGAAGAAAAUACAAAUUGUAUCUUGGCACAUCUAUUUAAUCUUGUGCAUGAAUCAUCAAAUGUAAUCAUUAAUGGCUACUGCGAGAAGGAAAACAAUAUUAAUACCAAUGCGUUAGAUGAAAUAAAAAAAAAAAAUAAUAUCAAAAAUGUUGAAAAUUAUCUAUUUAAUGUAUUAAAAGAAAGUGAAUUUUUACUAAAGUAUAAAAAGUGUGUGUAUUUUUGUGAGGCUACACUGGUUUUACUUUUUAAAAAAAUACUAAAUUCGGGAGAAAAUACAGAAAAGAAAGAUUUAAGAAUAAUAGAAAAUCAAGAUUAUAAUCAUGUCGUUAACAUGUUGCUAAACUGUGAAGAGCAUGGAGAAGGGGAGAAUACUCCCCAAGAUAAUUACAUUUACAAAAAAAGUGAAAAAAGUGAGAAAAAUAACGAGGCUGACAUUUUAACAUCCAUAAUAAGCACUAUGCAGAGAAAAAAUUCUAACUGUUACUUGUUUGAUUAUAUAAACCACUUUGAAAAAAUAAUUUUAAAUCAAAAAAAUGAAAAUCGAGUAGGUGAAGAAACCUUUGUAAAGGAUUCCAAACAGGAGAAUAUCUUUUCCACUUUUAAUUUACCACAGAAUAAAGAAAUUAAAAAUUUAUUUAUUGAUGUACUUUAUAAAUAUGCAAAAGUUUUGUUGAUAUCGAAUAACAACACCAAUUGUGAAACUCAAAAAAAACAGCAGCGUCUGUACUAUGAGCAGUAUUGUGCUGCGAGAGACAGAAAGACAGAUACAGCUCAACUCGAGAAAGGAAUAAUUGCUUCAGCAUUUCAUAACAUAAACGAAUAUGACAAUUUUGAGUAUCACGACAACUUUGACUUGUAUGAAAAGUACCUCAACGGCGAGAACAUGGACUCCUGCAUUUCCUGUUUAUCUGCUUACGUGGAGCUCACCAAUUUUGAAAACUUAGAAAGCAUUUUCAUAUUAACCUUGGUAUAUCUGAACACACACAAAUAUGACAAAGCUAUGAAACUGGCUAGCUACUUGAUACAAGUUUUGAAGAAAAAGGAAAGAAAAAAAAUGACACGUGGAAAAGAAACAAACCGAGACAAAAUAAUAAGCACUCCUCCACUGGGUGAUACGUCAGAGGAAGAAAAUCCAUGGAACAUAAAACAGCUAUAUUUAUAUAGCACAUUUAAUUAUUCAAACAUAAAUAUAAGUGUAGAGAUAUGUAUAUAUAUCAAAGCUCUAUGCUUUUUCUUUCAACGUAAUUAUGUGAACUAUUACAUUAACAUGAGUAUCCUUUUGAAUAACAAUGAAAACAAUCUACGAUCAGCCAUCGAAAAAACCAUAAAUGAGUUUAAUCUUCAAAAAGAAACACGUGCUACGAUUGGUCGUGGAAAAAGUGAAAAUAGCAAAGCUAAAAAUGAUAUUAACAAUCUUGAGAAUGACAAGGACAAGACGGAAAAUGAACCUGCGUCGUCCACAAAUGAUGGGGAAAAGAAAAAGGAAGAAACAGAAAAAACAGAAAAGGCAGAAAAAACAGAAAAAACAGAAAAGACAGAAAAAAAAGAAAAAACAGAAAAAAAUUGGCAGAAUGGACGCGAGGGCAGAAGCGAGGGAAAAACAAAAGACAUGAACGAACAAAUCGACACGGAUAAAGAAGAAACCAAACAUAUAAACGAUUCUGAAGAAGUGAAAACAAAAGGAAGAAGUAGCAUAAGAAAAGAAAAACAAAACAGUGUACUGGAAAAUGAAACGGAGAUAAAUUUACCAGAAGCAUACUUAUCUAACCAUGUGCCUGUGAAGGAUAUCUUUAUGUUCUUGUUUCUUAUUCACUGCAUAAAAUUCAACAUUUUAAAUAUUGUAAUGUUUAUUCAUGAAAAUCGACAUAAAUUUUUAACUGAACUUUCAUUGGAAACGCCUUUAUACAGGCAUCUAAUUAUUCGUGCUUUUUUUGCUCUUGCAGAAUUCGCGAAAUGCAUUGAACUCAUAGAAGAAACGAAGGAACACCUGAAAAAUUUUGACAUGUUGUAUAUAUAUGCUGAAAGUGCAUACAAGUUGAAGGACUACAGAAAGUCCAUGGUGCUACUAAAACAGUGUUUAUAUCUAUGCAGAAUGAGCAACGUGCGUGUAAAAAUAUAUCUUCAAUUAAGCAAAGUGUACAUUUCUCUUAAUCAAUAUGAAGACUCCAAAAAAGAGAUUAAAAAAUCACUAGAUGUGUGCAAAACUAGCUAUUCUUAUCUUUACUUGGCUCAUUAUUAUUUAAAAAAAAAAAAAAAAAAAUACAUGCAAGCUUACAAGUUCUUGCACAAGUCAAAUGAAAUGAAUCUCUUCAACCACAAAUUAUGGGCUUACUUUUGCAUAACUUUUCUUCAUCUUGGAAUGAAAGAUGAAGCAGACAAAUGUUUAGGGAACUUUAUAAAAAUGAAGAAAUAUGACAAGAUGAUUAUUUCAGAAAUGUUAACCGCAUACAAAAUGGUUGAAUAUGAAAAGGGAUGGAAAAUUUUAUCAACUCUUCAUGAACGAGAAGAGAAUACUGAUUGUGGGAAAAAUGUAACCUAG